CUACAGCAUGGAACAUUCCCUCCUGUUUAUCCGAAUAGGAUGACCAAACAAAGGGAAGCAACAAAGCAAAACAAAACCAAAUAAGGAAAAAUAAAAAGAAGUAAAAUUGUAAAGGUGAAUGUAAAGGUGAACUAUUUCUUUAUGUUUAACAACGGCAAAGGUAUACGGGCUUUUAUUUUGAUAGCGUCAUAGCAACCGUAGCCAAGUAGGGAGGCGCAACGGGCGCAACACAGAAGAAGCAAACGGAAAUCUAUUAGAAGUAAAGACGGAGCAAAGGAUAGGCUAUUAACGGUUCACGGAGAAGAAGACAAAGAAAGUUUGAAGAAUACUUCUGUCUAGCUUCAGUUGAUAAGGGGAACAAGCUCUUAAGUUGGUUGGUUGAUGAUACGGACGGCUCAAUAAAUCAUCAUUCACCAUCAGUUCCGGCCUUCUCGAUAUUGACUGAAUGCUACAGUAAGAGCUUGACCGCCCCCUCUUGCCGAACGGUGUGGUUUCAAGGUUCAACGGCAGAACCCGCAACGUCCAGCAGAGGGCAGAAGUUGGUCAGGAAUUGAAACGGAUCAAGGCAAAGUAAAAUGGAAGACUUACAGGCUGCAACAGUAAGUCAAACGGCCCCAACUGAACAGAUUACAACUCUGCAAAGGGAAAUUCAAGGCUUGAAGGACUCACUUCAGGAUGAAAGUAAUGCGAGACAGGACAUUAAAGAUUCAAUCAAAUGCAAAGAACAAAUGAUAAGUGAACUUCAAGAUAAAUUUCAAAACACGUCAGAUCUGCCAAGACGCUCUGAAAGAGUUAAAGUCCAAACAGAAAAAAUGAUAUAUCUACGGGAAGAAAUGAUCAAAAAGGAAAAAAGAAUGCUUGUUCUUUAUGAGCAAUGGAAAGCACAGGCUCGUGAAACGAGAGAAAAAUUAAAGGAAGAUAUAACAGUGAAGGAGAUGUCAGAACUUGCUGACAUAAUAGAAGAAAGGAGAGAUGAUAUAUUAAAGUUAUAUUCAGAAAAUAGAACCCAAAUGGCACCAUCAUCUGACGUAAGGAGAAAGAUCGAUGCAUGUGAAGCAAUAACUAAGGAGAUCAUAUGGAUAAUUCUGGAAAGAAUAAGUGGUGUUGAUGGAGAUUUUGAUGCAGAUCGUGAAAAAGCUCGUUUACGUGAACUUUUAGAGCAUGACUACGCCAUUUCCAUAUAUGGAUCAACUGCAGCAUCAAAUCGCAGCCAGCGAUCCUCAGCUUCCCAUCUUACAGCAAAACGAGCUGAAGCAGCAGCAGAACUAGCAGCAAAGGAGGUUGAGAAUGAGGUCGCGCUGGAGGAACAAAGACACCAAGAAAAAAUAAGGGCUCUAGAGAAAGAGCAUAAAAAACAGGUGGCAGUUCAAAAUGCAGAGUUAGAACGCCUGAGAGCACAAAGGGAUGUGAAAGCAGCUCGAGCCAGAUUUGAAGCAUACGACAGGCAUUUACUAAAAGUGGGUGAUGUACAUUCAAUUACAGAUCAAAAGGUGAGCCCAAACAUCACACCUAAACAGCCGUUACCAGCUGUCUCCUUUGGUUCUGUCCAGACAGCCCCCCCUAGUGUUACUGAGUUGGCACCAGCAGUGCAGGAAGCUCCCCCCAGUGUUACCCAGCUAGCACAGGCAGUUCAAGACAGCAUAAGAUUAAACAAACUUCCUACGCCAGAACCAACAGUUUUUAGUGGCGACCCAAUGCAUUUUAUUGAAUGGAAAUCCACAUUUACAUCACUGAUUGAUCAAAAGGGCAUCUCAGCAGCAGAUAAACUGUACUAUUUGAAGAGAUAUGUAACAGGGUCAGCUCGCAAAUGCAUUGAAGGGACUUUCUUUAGGAGUGAUGAAGCCGCAUAUAAGGAUGCUUGGGACAAGUUAAACCAAAGAUACGGCCAGCCCUUUAUUAUACAGAAAUCAUUCCGAGAGAAGCUAUCAAACUGGCCAAAGGUGCAGUCCAGAGAUGCUGAUGGAUUAAGAACUUUUGCGGACUUCCUAAAUGCAUGCAUGCUCGCUAUGCCUCAUGUAAAGGGUUUGCAAAUACUUAACGACUGUGAGGAAAAUCAAAAAUUACUGCACAAACUACCAGACUGGAUAAAUGCAAGAUGGAACAGACAGGUAACAAAGACUUUAAUGGGAGGUGGUGAGUUUCCAAGUUUUAGUGACUUUGCGUCCUUUCUCUCUGUUGAAGCUGAAGUUGCAUGUAACCCAUUCACCUCCAUUCAUGCCCUUCGUUACUCUGAAACUAACAGCGACAAAGGAAACACAAGAGAACGAAAAGCGAACAAAGCAAGUGUUUUUAAGACAAAUUCAACGGAACAAAGUAACACACAGUCAAUAAUAAUAACAUCAAAGGAGUUUUCAUGUUGUCUGUGUCAGAUUGCACAUCCACUCCACAAGUGUCCAGACUUCUUAAAACUGUCUCUAGAAAACAGAAGAAAGUUUGUGAAGGAGAAUAAACUUUGUUAUGGUUGUCUAAAACAAGGUCACAAUGCCAAAGACUGCAAACGCCGCUUCAGUUGUGACACCUGCUCAAAGAGGCAUCCUACCUGUCUUCAUGACGACAAUUAUUGGAACAGCCUACAAAAGGAGACACAUGUGAGUGUAAAUAAUGGAACUCAAGGUAACUCACCUGCAGCAGCGACGGCUAUGUCACUCAAUGUUACCAGACCUGAACACACAAUCAGCACAUCAAUGAUAGUUCCAGUGUGGCUGUCAACUGCUAACAACCCACUCAAAGAAAAACUGGUUUAUGCGCUAUUAGACACGCAGAGUGAUGCUGUCUUCAUUGAUCAGGAUGUAACACAUGAGCUGCAGGCAGAUGUUUGCCCAGUAAAGCUAAAACUGACUACCAUGAUGGGAAAAAAUGCAGUUGUAAGCAGUGAAAGGGUGUCUGAUCUCUUGGUGAGAGGCUAUAACUCAGCCACAGUCAUAAAGCUUCCUACGGCAUAUUCAAAGGACUGCAUCCCUGCUAACAGAGAACACAUACCCACAUGUGAAACAGCCAAACAGUGGAGUCACUUGCUGCCCAUUGCUAAUGAAAUCCCUCCACUUCUCAGUUGUGAGAUAAGUCUCCUCAUAGGUUAUACUUGUCCUAGAGCUCUAGCACCUAAACAAGUAAUCUUAGGAAAAGAUAAUGAACCUUAUGCUCUUCGGACUGAUUUGGGAUGGAGCAUUGUUGGCAACUCAGACCCCGAAGAGAAAACAGACAUGGCAACCAGGCUUUGUCACAGAUGCACCGUUAAAGAGGUUCCUCCUUCCACUCCAGCAGACGCAAUACGUGUAUUGGAAAGAGACUUCAAAGACACUGAAAGAAAUGAAAAGACUGUGUCACAAGAGGAUCUAUUAUUCCUCCAAAAACUUGAGGAAGGCAUAGUACAAACGAAAAAGGGAAAUUAUGAAAUGCCAUUGCCGUUCAGGAAAAGACCACAAAUGCCAACUAACAGACAACUUGCUGAAAGCAGACUAAGUCAACUGAAACGCAAACUCAUGAAGGAUCAAACAUACAAGGAGGAUUACAUGAAAUUCAUGAAUGAAAUGAUCAAAAGAGGUGAUGCAGAAGAAACUGACGAUAGUGGAUCACCUGGUGAGAUAUGGUAUAUACCUCACCACGGUGUUUAUCAUCCAAAGAAACCUGACAGGUUGCGCAUAGUUUUUGACUGUUCAGCUAAACACAAUGGUACCUGCCUUAAUGAUCAUUUACUAAAUGGCCCUGACAUGAUCAACAGUUUAACUGGUGUUUUGGUGCGCUUCAGACAGCAUAAAGUCGCUCUAAUGUGCGACAUUGAAAAAAUAUUCCACCAGUUUCAGGUUAAGGAAGAUGAUCGCAACUAUUUGCGCUUCUUAUGGUGGAAAGAUGGUGACGUUAACAGCCAGCCACAAGCAUACAGGAUGACAGUCCACCUUUUUGGCGCUGCUUCAUCCCCAGGGUGUGCGAACUAUGGACUCAAACAUCUGGUUAAGGAAAACAGAUCUGCAUAUCCUGUAGGCUCACAGUUCAUAACCAGGGACUUCUAUGUAGAUGACGGAGUCACCAGCGUACAAAAAACUGAGGAUGCUAUUCAACUAGUAAAGGAAGCACGUGAGCUGUGUGCAAAGGGUGGAUUAAGGCUGCAUAAGUUUGUAUCCAACAACACUGAUGUUUUAAACAGCAUCCCAACAUCAGAGCUGGCAACAGAUACAAAAACAAAGGACUUGACAUUCAAAGAGACACAAACAGAAAGAGCCCUUGGCAUUUAUUGGAAUGUAGAGAAAGACUGCUUUACGUUCAACAUCAUGCUGAAGGACCAACCCCCAACCAGGCGGGGCAUCCUAUCAGCAGUUGCAGCAAUAUAUGAUCCCCUCGGAUUUUUAGCUCCUUAUGUGCUCAACGGCAAGGGAAUUCUCCAAGAAAUGUGCCGGCAAGGAACAGACUGGGACGACCCAAUACCAGAUCACCUCAGGCCACGGUGGGAGUGCUGGAAAGGAGACCUGCAAAAUUUAAAGAACGUCCAGAUAAACAGAUGUUAUGCUCCUGCAGAAUUUGGAGAAGUGAUCAAAAGAGAAUUACAUCACUUUUCAGAUGCAAGCACCACAGGAUACGGCCAAUGUACCUAUCUUAGACUCACAAACAAAAACAAAGAAGUUCAUUGUGCCUUUGUCAUGGGCAAAGCACGUGUCUCACCCACAAAGGUCACCACUAUACCCAGGUUGGAACUCACCGCAGCCACAGUAUCAGUCACAGUGAGCAACAUGUUAAAGGAGGAGCUGCUCUACGAUGAUGUAGAAGAGUUCUUUUGGACAGAUUCAAAGGUCACUUUAGGGUACAUAAAUAAUGAGGCAAGGCGCUUCCACACGUUUGUUGCGAAUAGAGUGCAGAAAAUACGGAGCCACACCUCACCGCAACAAUGGUUUCAUGUACCUACUGAUGAAAAUCCCGCCGACAUGGCUUCCAGGGGCACUUCUGUAAAGGAACUGCUUUCAUCCAACUGGCUCACCGGCCCUCAGUUUCUGUGGAAAGGAGAAAUACAGCUUCCAACAAGAAAGACUAUCGAGCUCCCAGUAGGAGACCCAGAGGUGAGAAAGGUGCAGACCCUAAACACUCAAGCUGUAAAACAUGCAAGUCUCAGUGACCACCUCACAAAGUUCUCCUCCUGGUCCCGUGCAGUUAGUGCUGUUGCACGUCUCAGACGAUAUCUGCUCAAGGACAAAUCAAAGACACUCACCACUGUAGCUGAAAGGAAAAUAGCUGAAACUGUGAUCAUCAAAGAUUUGCAAGGACAAGUGUAUCACAAUGAAAACUUCAAGUGCUCUGCCUCCACCCGGAACAUUCAUAAAAUAGGACUUGUAUGCACGAAAGCGAUGGCGCCAAGUUCAGUACCUUCUUGAGCAGUUCUGGAGCAGAUGGAGAAAAGAGUACCUUCAGAACUUUAUAGUGAGACAAAAAUGGCACACACCUAAAAGAAACAUGCAAUUGGAGACAUAGUGAUGGACAAAGAUGACAUGCUACCACGCUCUCAAUGGAAACUUGGUCGAAUCGUGGACACUGUGCAGGACACUGAUGGACUUGUCAGAAAGGUCAAAAUAGCCUCUGCAGACAAAAAUCUAAACAACAAGGGCCAACGUGUCAGCAAAAUGUCUGUGGUAGAACGCCCUGUUCAUAAGUUGGUCUUGUUGUUAGAAGACUGUAAUGUUUGAAUCUACAGUGCUUUAAAGUGUUGGAAAAUGUUUUAUUUAUUUAUUUUUUGUUUUUGAAUUUUAUACAAAGUGUCCGUUAAACUACUGUUAUUGUUAUGGAAAAAUUAUAUGUGUUUAUAUGUUCAAUAGUAAAUAAUUUGGUGGGAGUGUAAAGGUGAAUGUAAAGGUGAACUAUUUCUUUAUGUUUAACAACGGCAAAGGUAUACGGGCUUUUAUUUUGAUAGCGUCAUAGCAACCGUAGCCAAGUAGGGAGGCGCAACGGGCGCAACACAGAAGAAGCAAACGGAAAUCUAUUAGAAGUAAAGACGGAGCAAUUAACGGUUCACGGAGAAGAAGACAAAGAAAGUUUGAAGAAUACUUCUGUCUAGCUUCAGUUGAUAAGGGGAACAAGGUUUGUAACUAUAAUUCAGAAUGUUGUUAUGAAAACGGAACGUGUCUAUAUGAUUGUAUUAAUUGUGAAAACGACUACCAAUGUAAUCAGUUACGCAUUAUGGUUUAUUUUAUGAUUUAUUUAUUUUUUGUUUAUGCCUAGCUCUUAAGUUGGUUGGUUGAUGAUACGGACGGCUCAAUAAAUUAUCAUUCACCAUCAGUUCCGGCCUUCUCGAUAUUGACUGAAUGCUACAAAAAUAAUAAGGAAUGUUAUCCACUUCCAUAACUUGUCAGCACUAACUAUGAAAGCUACAUCAAUCACAAAUCAAGUAAUAGAAAAGGGGUAAACUAGGAAAGAUAAUCAUCUCAUUAGUCAUAAGGGCCAACAGGUUACAAAUGAAUUAACUCAAGACAAAAAUGAUAAGCAUCAAAACAAGAAAAAUAAUAAGUAAAGUAAUGAACACAAUGAUCUGAUAUAAAAGGUUCAGAAUCAACACUGUCAUGGUCUGCGUCUCCCCUCAUGUGUCUCCUUGUGUUCUCCAUCCCUCUCUAGGUUCUCCUUUUGUGUCUCCUAGCGCCCUCAUGUGUCCUUUGUCUGCAUCUCAUUUAUGUGUCUCUUUGUGUUCUUCAUAUGUCUCCUGUUUGCAGCCCUCCAGAUCAUUCCUCCCAGAUCCUGUCUUCCUUCAGUCAUCCCCAGCCCCUCCAGGUGUCCCUUCACGUUCUGUGUCCUUGCAGCUCCAGCCCUUUUUGUCCCCAGCUCCCUCCUGGUUUUCUUCAUGUCUCUUGGUCUCCCCACCAUAGUUUCUAUAAGUCUUU